GCCCUCGGCCACCCCAGCGCCCGGAGCCGCCGCCUCUCCCCGCUCGGGUCCGGGGUCGCUGCAGGGCUCGGGGGGACGCCCCCUCUGUUGGACCCCACCGCGGUGCGGGUCCCGCCGGGGGCGGCACGGCCGGAGCACCCACCCCCGCCUCCCAGGGACUCGCCCGAGUAAACGAGGCAAGGUGGGAUUGGUGCCGGCAGCAGUGGGAGGCUCCAGCCAUGGAGCAGAGCCAGGCCGGGGCCUGAGGCUGCUGGAAGGAGCAGGAGGGGGUGCAGGACAUGGAGCCCCCCAACAGCAGCACGGCCGGGCGGGCAGCCUCGUGCUUCGGGGUGUUCAACGCCAGCGAUGGCCGUGCCAGCGCACAGAACAGCAUCGCCUCUCCCUGGUUCUCCACGGCCUUCGGCCUCAUCGGCCUCUGCUCCAACCUCUUUGCCCUCUGCGUCCUGGUCAGCUCCUCCCGCAAGCUCUCCAGCCAGGCCCGCUCGUCCUUCCUCAUCUUCCUCUGCGGGCUGGUGGUCACAGACUUCAUGGGGCUGCUGGUGACAGCCUCGGUCAUCAUCCCCUACCACUUCACCAAGUUCUCCUGGGCCAAGGUUGACCCUGGCUGCCACCUCUGCAACUUCCUCGGCUUCUCCAUGGUCUUCUUCGGGCAGUGCCCGCUGCUGCUGGGGGCCACCAUGGCCGGGGAGCGCUUUGUGGGCAUCAACCGCCCCUUCUCCCGCUCCACCAGCCUCUCCAAGCGCCGCGCCUGGGCCAUCGUGGGGCUGGUGUGGGGCUUCUCCUGCUUGCUGGGACUGCUGCCACUGUUCGGGCUGGGGCGCUACACGCUGCAGUUCCCCGGCUCCUGGUGCUUCCUCACCCUCCUGCCCGACACUGGCGACGUCGUCUUCUGCCUGCUCUUUGCACUGCUGGGCAUCCUCUCCGUGCUGCUCUCCUUUGUCCUCAACACCGUCAGCGUGGUCACGCUCUGCCGCGUCUACCACGACCGCGAGUCGGUGCAGCGGCGCCGGGACAGCGAGGUGGAGAUGAUGGUGCAGCUCGUGGGCAUCAUGAUCAUUGCCACCAUCUGCUGGAUGCCCCUCCUGAUCUUCAUUGUGCAGAUGGUCCUGCAGCACCUGCCUGGCCAGGCCCAGGUGCUGCCCACGGACACGCAGGAGAUGCUGCUGAUCUACAUCCGCAUGGUCACCUGGAACCAGAUCCUGGACCCCUGGGUGUACAUCCUGUUCCGCCGGGCCGUGCUGCAGCGCGUGUACCCCCGGCUGCCCCCCCGGCCCUCCCUCGCCUCCCUCAGCCCCUCCCUGCCCCGCAAGCUCACCGCCAGCUCCGUGCUGCAGUAGCACCAGGGGACGGGCACUGGGCAGGGGGACACGGCCGUCCCCCCCUCACCCAUGGUGGAUCCUCAUCACCUGCAUCCAGCCCCUUCCCCCCACAAGCCCGAUAGCCAAGGGGCUGUCAGGGGGCUGCUUCCCCCUCCCCGUCCCCAAUAAAGCACAGCUGGUGCA